AUGAACUUGCGACUAUUGCUUGCGGUAGUAGUUUUCCCCGUCUUGUUCUACGAAUCGACUGCAUUAGGUUGGGCUCUACUUAGAGGCUUAAAAGACAUUUUUUGUGGCUCAAUGGCGACAACAACAACGACCACAACUCCACCAACCAUCUUCAAUUUGACGCAAAAUACCACUGGUGCCUUGGGAUUUAUUGUGCGUGCUUUGUCCGAUCAAAGCAGCGGAUCACCAGUGAUAUAUGCACCCAUUUUCAACUGGGCGCAAGUGCCGGCAAAUGAGACGAGUCCUUGAUAUGAC